CUUCGUCAUAGAACUAUAUAGGCGGCUGUCAUUCGUAUUCGUAUUAGAGUGAGCUGUCAGUCCGUCAUGCGCCCAUUUCGAUCUCCUCUCAGGGAGAAGGCGCACUUACUGCCCGCUACUACGUUUGUCGAAGGGAUUCCGAGCAAUGGCUACCGCAAACGGCAAGAGCGCAAGAUUCUGAAACUUGUUCUCACUGCUGCUUUCAUAUUCUCGCUGAUGCAACUAUGGAGGCUCUCUCUCUGGCGACAACGUACUGAUAUUUUGCCUACUCCUGCAACACCGGAGCCGGCGGAAUUCUACUCAGCCGUUCGCACAACAAAGAUCUGCACGAACGAGGAUCGCUCUGCGCUCGGAUAUGCAGGCUAUAUCGCGCUGGAUGACGAUAAGCCCGAUAAUCAACGGCGAUCUUUCUUCUGGCUGUUCGAAGCGCAGAACGAUGCACAGAAUGCACCUGUCAUACUUACAAUAGGUGGCGGUCCCGGUACGACAGGACUCGCCAACCCGCUGUUUGGUCAAUCGCACUGCCUUGUCGCACCUAAUGGGACGACGAAGGCUAACCCCGUGCCGUGGUCGGAACAUUAUAACCUGCUUGCACUGGAUCAUCCUAUAGGUGUUGGGUUCUCUUACGGCGCAGGGGUGAACAACAGCCGCAGCGCUGCCUACGACGUGUAUGACUUCCUGCAAAAGUUCUUCAGGCUCUACCCCAAUCUCAGACCGAACAAAUUCGUCGUUUCCAGUGGAUCGUAUGGCGGCAUAUAUGUCCCUCACAUUGCCCAUGUCAUACAUGAAGAAAACAAGAAAGUUGCAGCAGGCCGCGGUCAGCCAGGAGCGAAGCACAUCAACCUCGACUCGCUAAUGAUCAGCAACCCACUCUCCGACUUCGAGAUGCAUUACCGCUGGCUCUUGCAGCAACGAUGUUACUACACCAGCAUCUACAACGCCACCCAGUGUGCAGAGUUUUACGAACAGCUCCCCGGAUGCUUAGACGCUAUAUCCUACGCGCUCUCGAACUCUACAGCUGCGAACCGGAACCAGGCGGAAGUUACAUGUGCGCCUAUCAAUUCAGGCGACACGCACGGGUGGGAUCUCCAGGAUGUGCGACUUUACUGUGGCGGUAACACGGACGACAUUGGCCGGUGUUAUCCAGAAUUCCCAUGGCUCGAAGAGUUCUUGAACAGCACUAAAACACGGGAAGAGCUGGGAAUCCCUAAGCACGUCUCGUAUCAGGCAUUGUCGGAGACGGUGUUCCGGGAAUUCUGGGCGGAGGGCGACUUAGUACAGCGUGCUCAGCUGCUGUAUAUCCCCUUGCUGGAAGACGGGAUUCGUGUACUUCAUUAUGUGGGGUACAGAGACGCGAACUGUGCCUGGCCAGGGAUCAUAGCUUUCCUCAAACUCCUGAAAUCACCUUUCCAAGAACGGUUCCUCAACACACCCGACGUGCCCUGGCCGACAGAGGACGUCGCUACCGUCCGAGCCGUAGGGCCAGGAGCGGGAAACUUCACUUAUAUCCUUGUUAAGGAAGCUGGCCAUCUGGUUGAGAAGAACCAACCGGCCCUUGUGAAGAGUAUCGUCGAACAUUGGAUUGAGAACAAGGCGUUUGUUGAAGUGGAGUAGAUUCUAGGGAGAAGAGGUACCUGUUCGCUCUGUUCUAGCCCGGGCUUUGGGACAUUUCACAGCUGGAUGUACAAUACCGUUCCACCAAUAUGGAAUGG